GUGAGUGAGAGUUGGUCCCUGCCCUAGAGGGGGAGAGAAGACAGGGAGAGCGAAGGGGAGAAGAGAGGGAAGGAAGCAAGAUUAGGAGACAGCAGAAGAAGUCAGAGAGUGGGGGGAAGUCAAGUCAGAGGAGGCCAGAGAUAAACAGCAGAAUUGGAGAGACCAGAGUAAAGAUCCAGGGGGAAGGAGAAGACAAUAGUUAAGAAGUUUUUGAAGAAAUUUUUGUUCAAAAAGUUUUAAUUUUUUUAGGAUCGGGAAAGGGGCAAAGGGAGGUGAAGGGAGCAGUGUAAGUGGUAUGGACAGGGACCUUGGCCUGGAUAAGUCAGGACCCCCCAACACAAUGCGGAUUUUGGAAACUCCGGAGCUUCCUCACAGCAGGAAGAACUUUAGUGUCAGCCACCUCUUGGACCUGGAGGAAGCGGCGGCCGCAGGGAUGCAAGGCUCCCGAGAUCUGCGGCCACCAAACGAGGAGGAGGACAAGGACCCCAUGACAGGGGGCAGCAGCGAUAGCGAAGUGACGGUACAGGAAGGUGAAAGCUCCCUCUCGGGAUGUGCGAAGAGUGCUCGGAUUAAGAAGAAGCAGAGGAGGAACAGGACAACUUUCAAUAGCAGCCAGUUGCAAGCCCUGGAGAGAGUGUUCGAGAGAACUCACUACCCUGACGCCUUUGUCCGAGAAGAUUUGGCCAGACGGGUUAACCUGAGUGAAGCCAGGGUACAGGUCUGGUUUCAGAAUAGACGAGCCAAGUUUCGUAGGAACGAACGGGCUAUGCUGGCCAGCCGGUCUUCCUCUCUCCUAAAAUCAUACAGUCAAGACCCCAUUGUGGAGCAGCAGAUCAGCCCCCGACCAACCAGCAUGGCACCAGACUUCCUGUCUUGGAACUCAAACAGCUACAGCACUAGUUUGCCGCCUUACAACCCGAACACCAACUCUGUUCCUACAACACUGCCUAACCAAGGUGUCAACAUGGCCGACAGCAUCGCCAGCCUACGUCUUAAAGCCAAGGAGUUCAGUCUGCACCACAGCCAGGUGUCCACCGUCAACUGAACCCUAGUUAGACAGACACAAAACUAUAACUAAGCCAGCCACGAGGCACAGGGUGUGCUGGACACGCCAGACAUGAGCCCAUG